UCAUUCCAAGGUCAAUUCGGACUCAAGAAGGAGUCAGAUGACGAUGAUGCAAAAUCAAAAGGUACAAGUAAUUAGAGCAAACACAGAGUGUGUCUUAGCUUAAGCGUCAAUUAAAAACUGGGAAACACAUUGCAAAACAAGUCAGCUUCUCGAAGAUUGAAGAGAGAUGAUCACUUUUAGAGGGUCAAUAUUUAGGAUAGAAAUAAAGAAGAAAUUAUUUUAUAGCCUAAAUCGGCACGAUAACUAUGCGUUUUACAUUUUUCACUUUUCAAACCGAUUUGGGUCUUAAUUUUUACACCUAGGGGAGAAAACCUUGCAUAUAUUAGGAGAUGAAGAAAACAAAAGUUGUAAAAGUCACGAGUAUUAUUACUAUUUACAUUUAUUGGUAUUUUAGUUGGUCAACAGGCCUCCUCAACAGCCGCUGUUGGAAGCCUGGACUUUGCUGAUAACAGUUUAUCAGGUGAGAAAAAAGAAACAAGCAUCUUUAGAUUUCUUAUUAGAAUUAACAAUAACAAGACAACUAGUACUGAAAUUUUUUCAACUAUCAACUGAGUUGAUAGUGAAUCUGAGCCAUUCGCUCUGACGAUGGGCUAAUGCUUGAAAUGUCAGCUUUAAAACUCUUUACGGUUGCUAAUUUACGUUAUCAACUCAGUUCAUUACCCUGUUAUACUCUCCCACCGACGCAGCACCACAGUUUUUUUAGAAACUUACCCCCUUCAUUAUUUUGUCAACUACAUGAUGUUCAAAGCGAAUAUUCUUGGUAUCUCGACAGUCUAACAGACCAGUUAUCAAUCGCAUUAUCAAAAGUUUAGUCCAUGAGUUGCCUCCUUGAUCAGUUGAUGACACAAAAAAGAGUGAAAACCAUUUCAUUGUAAUUUUAUUGACAGACAAAAGUGAAGCUACUCCUGUUGAGAAAAAAGUGGAUAUGAAGGAUGCUCCUUUAGUAGGUAAGUUAGGAAGCACAGAGAAAUCAAAGUCCUUAAAGGACUGAAUUAAGUGGAAUUUAAUAUACAAAGGUUAUUUUCUGAAAUCACCUGUGCGCGUAUUUCACCAAGUAUGUGGGGUGACUGGGCGGACUGGAUUUUGACCAAGGAGUUUUUUAAUAUUGAGUUACCGAGACGAAGUCAAGGUUUAUAAAACGAAAGAAAAAAGAGCUUCAAACGCUAUUAUAUGUUACCCCAGGGUUCAAACCAUUUACUGUGUUACGUUCGCUUGGACGAGAGAGCGAACGACUUACGAACGACUACAUCACCAACGCAAGCACUGUCAGACGAAUACGACAACAACUCUGGUUUAGUUCCCGUUGAACACUCAAGAGGUCAUCCAGAUCGUCAGAGCCACCUGCAGACGACUGGUCAAAGCGCGGCUAAAUGAUUGCCACAGAAGACUCAAACGCUACAAAAACAAGACACAACAACUUCACGACAAACUGAAACAACUGAUACUUACUGAAUUACUUGACAUUGUCACGACUAUUGCCGACAAACGAGACAACAAAGCGACUGAACGUGCCCGUACUGGGCAUCAACAGAAACUGACAGGACUUCUACGCAACAAAGAACAGAGACGAAGUAAACCGGACGACAACUUGGUAAGGAACAUCUCUUCCCGUCUCUUAGACAGGAAUGAAACUCGCCUACUGUCAUACGGACAGAAACACUCAGUUACACCGAAACGGAUACCAACCAAGGCCAUUGUAUCUAGUGUUGAAGCGGCUUUAUCUCGGCAACGAGAGCUAUCUGAGUCUACUAAGGGUAAUAUCAGAAGUAGAAUUGCUUCCACUAUACAAUCAGCGUUACAACAUGGCAGCAACUCGACUUAAGACGAACAACAUGCCCUCAAACGACGAGGACAUAGUUAUUCUACCAGCCGACAAAGGACGAGUUACUGUUGUCAUGGACAAAACUGACUAUCACGACAAAAUGGACGCACUAGUAAAGUAACGACAAACAAACCUACGAACAACUCUAACGUGACCCGACUCCUGCGCUUCAACGCAAACUUAACAUUACUGACACUCAAGAAGACAGACACCAUUGACACCCAACGCUACUAUCGACUCAGGUGCUCAGUACCACAGCCACUGAAACUUUACAGUCUGCCGAAACUAAACAAACCUGGUUUCCCAAUGCGCCCUAUUGUUUCUUUCUGUGGUUCUCCGACAUACCAACUGUCCAAGUACCUGACGACAAUACUACAACCGCUCACCGACAAAUCCAGACGUAAACUACAAUCCACCGAGGACUUCAGUAACGCCACUAAGACUGUACAGAUACCUGACGACUACAAACUAGUGUCAUUUGAUGUGAAAUCGCUUUUUACAAGUAUUCCACUUCAACUAGCAUUACAAUGUACUGAGACUGCUAUCUUACAAUCUACCGACCCUCUACUGCUACCGACAGAGAACAUUAUGGACUUACUAUACCUUUGCCUGACGUCAACUUACUUUCAAUACAACGGUAAACACUACAAACAGUUAUACAGUACAGCUAUUGGGUCUCCAAUUUCUGUUGUUGUAGCAGAAAUUGUGAUGCAACAUCGAGGAAAGCGCCCUUUCGACUUACCUACAAUCGAUACCACUUUGGUUACGCUACGUUGACGAUACUUUCACCGCCGUACGACACGACGAAAUCGACGCAUUCCACCACCACCUCAACGAAAAAAACACUGACAUACAGAGAGGUCGAAGAAAAUGGUAAACUACCUUUUCUAGACUGCCUGGUAAGCCGUGACGACAACUCACCACGAACAACGGUUUACAGGAAACCGACACAUAUCGACAGAUUACUGGACGAGUCAUCCUAUAGCCCGACAUCACACAAAGCCACAACUAUCAGGACUCUUACGCGACGAGCGCAACUUAGAUGCAACACGACAGACAGCUUAUCCGACGAGAACAAGUACCUUGACCAUGUUUUUUCUAAGAACAACUACAACGAAGACUUCAUCAAACGUAACACUUACCGACCUACUACAUCUACCGAAGCUAACGCCAACACAACUCCUACGACUACAGCAAAUAUACCGUACGUAAAGGCAUAUCUGAGAACAUCUCGCGAUUCCUACAACCAUUCAAUAUCCACGUCUCUAACAAACUUAUUACCACACUACGUCAGUUACUGACUAGCGUCAAAGACAAAGACGAACCGAGGAACAGCUAAGAAGCAUUGUAUAAGAUCAAUUGCUCCCACUACCAUGCCUCGUACAUCGGUGAGACUGGCAGAAACCUCACAACUAGACUAACUGAACACAAACGAGCGACAAGGAAAGACGAUAUCAACAAUCAGAUUGUUGAACAUCACCGACUUACGAACCACUCUAUUGACUGGGACCCUGCGCAAUGCCCAACCUACAGCACCAACUACUUUCAACGACUGACCCUAGAAAGCUGGUUUACCAACUUGGAACAGACUCCCCUUAACAAGUGUGAACCACUACAGGCACCAUACAAAAGACUCAUUCACGACAUUACCAUUACAAAUGAACGAACAGAACGACCGGACUUCACUAACGGAUCGAGACCGACCAAUUACGACCGACCUACGCCACCUGAGUCUUACAGCCAAUAACAUCACGGCAAAACUGACCAAUCAGUGUAUACAAGACGAUGGCUUCCGCUCAGGUUGUCGAAACGUCAGAUGCCACUACCGACAACAGUCCUUCUCAGGACUACACUCUCCCGGACGAUCAAACUACACUAUUACAGAGAGAAAAUCCAAACAACAUACAAGUUGCAGUUCAUUAUAUCAAGUUCGCUGAUUCCCAACAUCGGAGACAAGGAGAUAGGAAAGGGGGCUAAAAAAUGACUGACUUAAAACAAGGUAGUAACAAUCAAUGGUGAUGUCGCCAAUCAAACAACUGAAAGUCAGCGAAUGACGAACCACACUGUUGACUACGAGUCUACGUGUUGUUUUACUAUAACAGGACGAACUGUACCUCCAAACAUUUUCUGACUGCUUAAGAGAAGAAUGAUUUCCCAGACUCAUAAUAGCAGUUGUUAUUUAAAACAUUUGCAUGUGCAUUUUUUUUUAGUUUCAAAAUUUGUUUUUGUCUUUGAAAUUGAAAUGGGGAAAAACUCUCAAAUAGACAGGAGGAUCAAGACUAAUAAAAGAAAAGUGCUGGAUGUUGUAAUUUGGAUACCAGUUAUACUAAUUGCUGUUUGGUUUAACUGAAGAGGCGCAAGUUAAGUUAGGAGCAGGAGAAAACCAGGUCUUUGCAGACAAAUCAUUAGCAAACAAAAGAAAAAUGAUGAAAUGUGUUUAGCGCCGAUCUUUAUACCACAACUCGCAAUUGGAGUCUUUUUUUCUUUUAAUGGUCAAUUAUUUAUCUAUUUUGAUAGUCUAACAGAAAUGGUUUCAACUAGGCUAUCACAAAAAUUCCAAUUGGCCGUAAUUAGUUUUCUUUUGUAAUAUUUAUUAUUCUAUGACUGUUAUUAUCCUGUCAAAUUUAUCAAGAACAAUUCUGAUAAUAGUAAUGAUGAUAAUGAUAGCACAACUGAUGAAUAGCAAAAAUGAUAAUUGUGAUGAUGAGCAUUUAAACGAUCUGUUUUUUAUACUUUUAGACCAGGAGAAAAGCCAAUUGCAUUCCUCUGGAAAAUUAAAGGAUUUAGAGAUCGGGAGUUCAACAGGUAAAGAAUUAUACAGUCUGUUUGUUUGAAUUCAUUGUUAUAAGGGCUGAUUUAUUGAGUGAGCGUUGGUUGCUUUAAAUCAAUAACCAGCAGCAUCUAUUUUAAUGCUUAACAGCAAUAAAAAGCAACAAUAGGAAAACCUUGGGCCAAAAAACACUACAUCCACUGUUGUUGAUGUAUUGUAUUCAUAAACGUGUCUGUUGGUUGCUUUCUAAAAAUUUAUUAUCCUCCAUUGUUUUAAAACAUUUUCCAAAGCACAACCCAAUAUGUUUAAUUAUGUUUUAUUUUUUUAGGUACGUCAGGGGAUAAAGUUAAAGCAAUCCAAGAAAAACUUGAUUUGGAUGAUAAACUUUCUUCAGGUGAGAGAAAUAAAAUGAAAAAAGAUAGUGGUAAUUUAAGUUUGUAACCACUGAGUACAACACGCACAAUCAAAUCAAACACAUCGUCGAACAAACUGAACCCUAAAAGUGUUCCUUGCUCAAUUAAAUUUGUGUUCUUCGCUAUUUCAAGAUCAUUUUACAUCCAAGAAGGAAUCAGAUGACGAUGGAAACAAACCAAAAGGUAGAAGAGAUCAAUAUAAAACUGAAUGA